ACUCUAAUAUCUAAUUAGUUACAUAAUUUUUCAAUAAAAUUAAAAAUAACAUAAAUAUAUCAAAACAUCAUCAAUCUAUUAUGAAACAACAAAAACUUUCUAAAACAUCAUUUAUUCUGAAAUGGAGGAAGUAUUAUUUUAGAGUGGUAUAUCUAAUUUUUCUUUUAAAAAAAUAUUCUUAAUCAUUUAUUCAUUAAUAAUUUCAAAAAUAAUUCAAAAUUACAGAAUAGGAAUUAAUAUAAAAUUAAUAAAUGUUUAUUUGAAAACAUUAUUUAUUUUGUGUUUUAUUUCCCCACUAUCAUAUAAAGUCAAAAUAUCUCCACCGAUUAUAAUUUCAGGCUAGCUCUCCAUAAAUUAUUUUAUUUCUCUUCAAAUUGAGAAUUACAAACUUAAUUAUCUAUAAACUAUAGUUUUACUUUUAAGUUUUAACCGGAUUAUUAGUAACCAUAUAAUUUAAAUCGGAUAAACAAAAAAAAAUCAAUUUUUCUCAAAAUUUUUUUUAAAACGCCAAAUAUUGAAAAACGGAGGAAAAAAUUGAUAUGACGGUCAUAAUAAGGAAAGUUUAUGUUUAAGGCUUAACCUUCGGACAGCGUAACAGUCACCCGCCAAAUAACAAAACGAAGAAAAGUCAAAGAGUCGAACACAUUCGAAAAAGUCAAAAAAUCUUUUGGUUCUGUCCGUCAAUGAAAACGCCGCCUCGUUCCAAGCGAGUUGAACAGGAAUCGGAACUACACAAGGUUACAACUCCAGUGGCUCUACGUGCAGCACGAGAGAAGAAGCACUGUUCCAAGGCUCGGGCGGUUCGGGUCAGACCCGAGUACCCACUGACCCGCACCACCCCCGAGAUGAAGCUUAUGCCUCCUGAGUUCUUUCAAAUAGACGCGCUUGAUCUAGCGCCACGUUUGCUCGGGAAGUUCCUGAGGAGAGACAAUGUUGUCCUACGGAUCACAGAGGUGGAAGCUUAUAGACCAAAUGACUCAGCUUGCCAUGGACGGUUCGGGAAUACCCCACGGACCGCACCUAUUUUUGGACCAGGAGGACAUGCAUAUGUUUAUCUUUGUUACGGUCUUCAUAUGAUGCUCAAUAUUGUUGCUGAUAAGGAUGGAGUUGGAGCUGCUGUUUUGAUACGAUCUUGUUCUCCUGUUACCGGGCUGGAGACCAUACAGGAGCGUCGUGGCCAGAAAACCGACAAACCUGUUCUUCUAAAUGGACCAGGAAAGGUUAGUCUGAUCUGCAUCAAACAGAAUGCACCUUGCAAAUCCACAAUGCAUGAAAUCUGUUCAUAUGUGCCUCUUGCAGGUCGGGCAGGCGCUUGGACUUUCAACAGAGUGGUCUCAUCAUCCCCUCUAUUCUCCGGGAGGAUUGGAGGUUCUGGAUGGAGGAGAAGAUGUGGAGAAAGUACUAGUUGGUCCUCGCGUUGGAAUAGAUUACGCAUUGCCUCAACAUGUCAAUGCCUUGUGGAGAUUUGCCAUUGGAGACACUCCGUGGAUAAGUGCUCCUAAGAACACUCUUAAGCCUCUCUAACUUCAAUCCAAGACUCUUCAGUUGCACUUCUUGUUUUCAGACAUCUGAUUGAGUACACUUCUUGGUGUUUGUAUAGUGUUUUACUGUUUUGUUAACAAUUAUUAAUUUGGGUUGUAUACACAAAGAAGGAAAUCAAUUGGGGCAAAUGUGGAUUAGUGGAAAGGUAUUGGGUGAAAGUGAAAAUUUUAA